ACCCACUCUCCCUUGGCCACACCUGCCAGGGGCCACAAUGACCGUCACCUACACAGCCCGAGUGGCGAACGCCCGCUUCGGUGGCUUCUCGCAGCUGCUGCUGCUGUGGCGUGGGAGCAUCUACAAACUCCUGUGGCGAGAGCUGCUCUGCUUCCUCGGGUUCUACAUGGUGCUGAGUGCUGCCUACCGCUUUGUGCUGACCGAAGGGCAGAAGCGCUACUUCGAGAAGCUUGUGAUUUACUGUGACCAGUAUGCCAGCCUCAUCCCUGUCUCCUUCGUGCUUGGCUUUUAUGUGACGCUGGUGGUGAACCGCUGGUGGAGCCAGUACCUAUGCAUGCCGCUGCCCGACGCGCUCAUGUGCGUGGUGGCGGGCACCGUGCACGGACGCGACGACCGCGGCCGCCUCUACCGGCGCACACUCAUGCGCUACGCAGGGCUCUCGGCCGUGCUCAUCCUGCGCUCCGUCAGCACUGCGGUGUUCAAGCGCUUCCCCACCAUAGACCACGUGGUGGAGGCUGGGUUUAUGACCCGCGAGGAGCGCAAGAAGUUUGAAAACCUGAACUCGUCCUACAACAAGUACUGGGUGCCCUGCGUCUGGUUCUCCAACCUGGCGGCGCAGGCCCGACGCGAAGGCCGCAUCCGCGACAACAGCGCCCUUAAGCUGCUGCUUGAGGAGCUGAAUGUUUUUCGGGGCAAAUGUGGAAUGCUUUUUCACUAUGACUGGAUUAGCGUACCCCUCGUCUACACCCAGGUGGUGACGAUCGCACUGUACAGCUACUUCCUGGCUUGCCUCAUUGGUCGCCAGUUCCUGGACCCGGCUCAGGGUUACAAAGACCAUGACCUAGACCUGUGUGUGCCCAUCUUCACCCUCUUGCAGUUCUUCUUCUAUGCUGGCUGGCUCAAGGUAGCUGAGCAGCUCAUCAACCCCUUCGGAGAGGACGAUGAUGACUUUGAGACCAACUUUCUGAUCGAUAGAAACUUCCAGGUGUCCAUGCUGGCAGUGGAUGAGAUGUAUGAUGACCUGGCUGUGCUAGAGAAGGACUUGUACUGGGAUGCAGCCGAGGCUCGCGCCCCAUACACAGCGGCUACUGUCUUCCAGCUGCGGCAGCCUUCCUUCCAGGGCUCCACCUUUGACAUCACGCUGGCCAAAGAAGACAUGCAGUUCCAGCGGCUGGACGGCUUGGAUGGACCGAUGGGCGAGGCGCCUGGCGACUUCCUGCAGCGCCUCCUGCCGGCGGGCGCGGGCAUGGCCGCGGGAGGCCCGCUGGGCCGGCGCCUGUCCUUCCUACUCCGCAAGAACAGCUGCGUGUCGGAGGCGUCUACUGGGGCCAGCUGCUCAUGCGCGGUUGUCCCCGAAGGCGCGGCCCCGGAGUGCAGCUGCGGGGACUCGCUGCUCGACCCCGGCCUGCCUGAGCCCGAGCCCCCGCCCCCUGCGUGUCACGAACCGCUUACCCUCCUCCCUGGGCCUGUCGAGCCCUUCAGCAUCGUGACCAUGCCCGGGCCCCGGGGUCCGGCGCCACCCUGGCUGCCCAGCCCUAUUGGCGAGGAGGAGGAGAAUCUGGCCUGAGAUCUUAGAGCCCAGCCCCCUAAGGACAGGGAACCAGGUCCCUGCACGGCACCCAGGCAGGUGUCCCCGGUCUGCACAAGCCUCGUGUGCCUUUG